AUGUUUCUUUUAGUACCAGGGAACAAAAUAAAAGUAAUUGCUAUGGGUACUGGCUCCAAGUGUAUUGGAAAAAGCAAAAUGAGUGAAAAGGGUAAUGUUAUAAAUGAUAGCCAUGCUGAAGUGAUUGCCAGAAGAUCAUUUAUCAGGUAUCUAUAUCAUGAAUUAGGCAAAGUAUAUCGAGGUGAUACAAGUGAUGUUUUUACCAGUUUUGGUCUAGAUGGAAGAUGUCAAGUGAAAAAUAAUGUUGCAUUUCAUUUCUAUACAAGUCAUACCCCAUGUGGAGAUGCUUCUAUCUUUCCAAAAGAGGAUAACGAAGAUGAUAUAAAAUUAAAAAAGUCAUCUAAGAGAUGCAAUGAAGACACAGAGACAAUAGAUGUAACAAAAAGAAUCAAGAUUUCCCAAAAUGAUGCAAGUCAAUGUGGCACUUUGGAAAGAUGUGAAAAAGAAGAAAAGUGCAUAGAACUGGAAAAUGUAGUGUGUGCUGAAUCACAGAGGCGAGAAAUGGAUGUAUGCUAUGCAGGUCAAGGUGGAAAUGGUAAACAAGGGGCAGGUAACCAAGGUAGCCAGGAUUUAAUUAGAAUUGAUAUCGCUACACAGCGAGAUACUAUACCUUCAUCGCCAUGUGAUAUCCAGCGUGAAAUGGAUGUAUUACCACUGGUGUCUGAGAAAAAGCAUGUGACAAAUGCUAAGGACAUUUACCGAACUGGUGCCAAGUGCUUACCAGAUGGGCCACAGGAUCCGGGUACCAGUGGUGAAGGUUAUCAUCAUGUUGGAAUAUUAAGAACCAAACCUGGACGAGGUGAUCGAACGUUGUCGAUGUCUUGUAGCGACAAGAUUGCUAAGUGGAAUGUUAUUGGUUGCCAAGGUGCUCUGUUGUCCCAUCUCUUAGUACAACCAGUUUAUUUUGAUACAAUAACCGUUGGUUGUUGUGUUUACAGUAAACCAGCCAUGGAACGUGCUGUCAUUACCCGCUGUGAUGGAGUGUCUAACUUACCAAGGCUGUACAGAAAACAUAGACCACGUUUGCUGUAUUCAGACAAAGUGUUUCCUUCUAGUAAAGCUAGUAUGGAGAGAAAACACAAUAAAUUGCUUGGAAAGCUCACACCAUGUGGAUCAGCUAUAAUUUGGUGCGAUAUUCCAAGAAAUAAUCUAGAAGUCUCAGUGAAUGGUUUUAAGCAAGGUGUGAUUGCAAAGUCACUGGACUCACCAAAAGCAAGAUGCAGUGUUUGCAAAGCAGAAAUGUUUUCCACAUUCAAGUCAUUAGUAGAGAGUAUUCCUAUUACCAGAAGACCAGACACUUUGAGGUGUUCCAAACUGGACACAUACUUGGAAUACAAAGAAGCUGCAAGUGAAUACCAGAAAGCAUGGAAGUCUGUUCAGCAAGUCUUCACUACAUGGGUGAAAAAACCUAAAAAUUACUUGGAAUUCUCAUGUUAA